AUGCACCUCAACCUUCCGCAGACCACCGUGCCUGAAGCCGGCAACAUCAAGACUUCUCCGGUCCUUUUUGAGGUGAUUGGCCAGAUUGCAGUCGAUGACUGCUACCUGACCAAAUUCGGAGAUGAGUGCCUCUUCCCGGAGAAUGAGGAGAGUUUGACUGCGUACUCCUGCUGGAUCAAAGCACGUCCAGACAAGGUGUCGCUUCUUCACUGGCAGAAUGUGAUGUGUGGCUUGGAAGCGAUUAUCGUGGCAAUUCCCACUCCCAUGGACACUGUCCACACGAUUUGUAUGGACCCGGAGACCAACUCUGUCAAGAUCCAGGUUGGCUGGUGCCCAUCGGCUGGACAGUCUGUCGAGGACACCUUUCCGCUCUACGACAAUUCUGGAGAGCGUUGUGUUCCUUCAAGUGACACUAAGGUGCCUUUUGAGACACCUGUUCAUGUUUUAUUCCACCUCGAGUGCAUCAGGUUCCAGGGAGGGGACUACUUGUAUGCACGUCUCCUCGGCAUUAGGGAGGUUUGA